AUGGGGGCCCCACACAUCCCGGGGCGGGCGGUGCUUUUCCAGCGGGAGAGGACWGGCCUGACCUACAGGGUGCCCGCGCUGCUCCUGGUGCCCCCUGGUCCCACGCUGUUGGCCUUUGCGGAGCAGCGACUCAGCCCCCACGACUCUCAUGCCCACCGCCUGGUGCUGAGGAGGGGCACACUGGCUGGGGGCUCCGUGCAGUGGGGUGCUCUGCGUGUGCUGGGGACGGCCGUCCUGGAGGGGCACCGCUCCAUGAACCCCUGCCCAGUACUGGACACGGCCUCAGGCACCGUCUUCCUCUUCUUCAUCGCCGUGCUGGGCCACACCCCCGAGGCUGUGCAGAUCGCCACUGGCAGGAACGCGGCCCGCCUCUGCUGUGUGACCAGCCGGGACGCUGGCCUCACCUGGGGCAGCGCCCGGGACCUCACUGAGGAGGCCAUCGGGGCCACGGUGCAGGGCUGGGCCACCUUCGCAGUGGGGCCGGGCCACGGGGUCCAGCUACGCUCAGGCCGCCUGCUGGUUCCUGCUUACACCUAUCGAGUGGACCGUCGGGAAUGCUUUGGCAAGAUCUGCUGGACCAGCCCCCAUGCCCUCGCCUUCUACAGUGAUGACCACGGCCGCACCUGGCACAGUGGGGGCCUGGUGCCCAACCUGCGCUCUGGCGAGUGCCAGUUUGCCCCAGUGGACGGAGGCUUCCUCUACUGCAAUGCCCGGAGCCCCCUGGGCAGCCGGGUGCAGGCCCUCAGCCCCAACGAGGGCACGUCCUUCCUGCCCGGGGAGCUGGUGCCCACCCUGGCCGAGACUUCCCGGGGCUGUCAGGGCAGCAUCGUGGGAUUCCCUGCCCCAACCCCAGGAAGGCCUCAGGAUCAGGGGCAGUCGCCGGGCACCGGGAGUCCCCCUCCCCCUCCCCCCCUCUGUCCUGGGGUCCCGGAGCCCUCUGGGGAGGGUGCUGAAGACCCUAAUGGGGGCUUGGUGUCUUCUCAGCCCUUCUGCCUCCCACAGCCCUGGGGGAGUGGCYCAGGACAGCCUGCCCCUGAACCUGGGCUUGGUGAGGACAGGGGGGCCUGGAUCCCAACGCUCCCCCUGCCCUCUGCUGCCCCACCUCGAAGCCCCACCUGGCUGCUGUAUUCCCACCCUGCGGGGCGCAGGGCCCGGCUCCACAUGGGCAUUUACCUGAGCCGGGCCCCCCUGGACCCCCACAGUUGGACCAAGCCCUGGGUGAUCUAUGAGGGCCCCAGUGGCUACUCUGACCUGGCCUUCCUAGGGCCUGUGCCUGGGGCAGCCCCAGCCUUUGCCUGUCUGUUUGAGAGCGGUGCCAGGGUCUCCUACGAGGAGAUCUCCUUCUGCAUGUUCUCUCUGCCCGAGAUCCUGGAAAAUGUGCCUGUAGGCCUGGAGCCACCCCCCUCUGGGGACAAACCUCGGGGGCACUGCAGGCCCUCUUGA